AUGACACUCUUCGACGACAAAGCCUGUGGCGAGACGGUCUACUACGAUGGAUCGCUUGAAUCAGGUGAUGGCAGCCGGUCGACGGUUUUGGAUGUACUCACUUCAUCAGACUUGGAACUUGUGCUUCUGAUAUCUUUAUGUUUGCCCGAGGCACGCAUGGACAAGGCCCUUGGCAUCGAAUGGCACGCUAUAGACCGCAAGAUAGCUUAUUGGAAGCGCCCUGAGGAAUGUGGGCUCAGCCUCAAGCAGUCACUGCUCGUCACUAUGUUCGCUUGUUUCACAGGCGAUGCUGCAUCCGCAUACCGUGCGACGUUCGGCGCUGCAAUGGGCCUCCACCAGAGUUCUGUCUCGCCUUUUGGCUUUGGCUGGUAUCCCAAUAAACUUUUGCCUUACUCAACGGUAUCGAAUACAUGUAACUCGGGAGGCCCAUGUCUCUCCAGCGGCCUCGCUUCAGCCGCUGUGGCUGAUACCCAUAUCUCUUUGGUUAUUGGCAUUGUCAUCAUCGAUACUAUAUCGCUAGCCAUCGGUCUCAUUAGUUUCGGAUAUAUGCUGUUGAUCAUUUACAUGAUCCUCUUUGGCAUGGUUGGCCCCUACGCAGACGAUACAACCUCCUCUUCGAUCAAAAGAACUGAUCUUUCGGGCAGUAUGCUAUCUCUUUUGGUAAUUAUAUAUGGCAGCUCAUUUUCCUGGUGUACCAUUGUUUCCAAUUCCUACUUCCACUAUCCCGCCGACGUUUCACGCCUUCAAGCUUUUGUCCUCACUAUCCUCAGCAUCGCCGUGCCGACCUCCAUUGGUACAUCCUACAGGAAUCCUCGUGAGGGCCUCGGGUUUCUCAUCCGAGAUAUGCUGCAUCCACGCGUCUUCGCUAAAAUCUUACUCGUACUCUUCUCUUACACGUAUAUAAACACCAAUUUUAUGACCCUCUACUCAGGUGCGAUCUCAUUUCAGCAGAUGGCUCAUCCGCUAGCGAAGAUUCCUCGUUUCAUCCGGAAGAUGUUUUGGUUCGCAAUCGUUCCUGCUUUAGCAAAUGGCCCCAGCCGCCUUCCUCUAGGCCUAGCAGCCUCGGUGGCAUCUCUUCUGGGUGUUGUUAUUUGGUGUAUGGGUAUAAUCGAAAACUGA